GCUGCAUCGCAGGGGCGUAAGGAUCAACUACAAUCAUAAAUCCGGGCAGGGAACGUCGUUCUUGUUUCUCGGCGUUUGUUACACAGUACACGCAUCCUGUCGGCUUGUCGCUGAGCACUCUGCAGCGCCUGGGCCGCUGCGAGUCCGAGCCCUGGCGGGGUCGCAGCCCCCCGCGAAAAACUCCGUCUCCUCGAAUCGACAGACACCAAGGACAUGGCUGCGUCCCAGCCAAGCGAUGAGCAGGUGGCAGCCACUGCCCAGGCGAUGGCGACUGUCUCCGAUAUGGAGAAGUCCCAGCGGCGGGCAAAAACUCUACUACAAGAGCUGCAGAGCUUGCUUGAGCGGACUACGCUCGGCGGCGGGGCAAGAAUUAGUAGGGAGCGAGACAUUGCCGGAAGCCACGACUCUCCCGACGCCGACGAAAACGGCCAGGACAGUCCACGGGUCUCAAUGCCACUCGAUGCUGCCACGGUGCGGUCACAGCCAAACUCGGUGAAUGGGCUCGGGCCCCUCUACAGACGGAUCGAGGCCGAGAUGCGGGGCCACGAGAAGGCCCUGGAGGAGUUCAAGGCACAGUUUCCAGGCGUACUGGCGGCCAGCGAUUCUGCCAAGGGCGGAUCCAGCGCCGGCCUCUUGGUAGACGAGCUUGCCGUAGCGGAGAAGAGAAUCCGGGGACGCAUUGACUGCUCAAACCUCGCAUCCGCAGAAGCGCAGUGGGACAUUAUCAAGCGAUGCCGUGACCUCAAGGCCGUCGGGCAGAAGUUUGAGAAGGGGAGCCAGCAAACCGCGAGGCAGGAAGGCCAUGAAAGAAGGUACAAGCACACAAAAGAGGUGGCUCUUGUCGACGCCGUCGUGGACGGCGGAGAGACGUGGCUGCGUGUGCUAGGAAUCACCGAGUCACGUCUGUUGCACGAAAUGGCCGAAGCUGGCUGGGACUGGGGCAGAGGAGGUCGUGAGGAGGGCGCACAUGGGCCCCAAGCCAUAACGGGUAGUGCUAGCUCGGAGGAUGAGGGCGAGGACGACGACAUGGGCACAAUAUCCGUCAUCCAGACCGUCCAGGGACUCAUGCAGGCGGCUAGAUGCCGCAGCCGCAGCCGCCGCCCCCGUACGCUGCACAUUGUGUUCACCCGAGUCAGGGAACGCUCGCACGAGGAGAUGGGCCGGCUCCUGUGCAGGGUGCGCAAGAUGGGCACCGGCCAGGCAGACGGCGACCCGCCAAUCUCCAUCGCCGUCGACGCCGCCGACUCGGCCUUCUGCGCCGGCCCUCCCCGCCGCUCGAGCCGGCGCUCCAGAGCCUGGCGCCGCCCAGCGACGCGCUGGGCCGCGUCGUGGACGUCGGGCCCGUCGCCAACCUGGACGCGAGCACGCUGAUGGCGCUCGUCUCGGACAUCUCGCACGCGCACGUGCCGGAGCGGGCGUGGCAGCGGCCCGACAUCCGCGGGCAGGUGCGGGCCGAGCUGUCGGGCGCCGGGCCGAC